GCAACUCGCCCAAGACGUUACUAUUACUUGGACGUUAGAGAGAAGUCGUGUGUGGUGCAUUCUUAAUACGAGGUUACAAGUAGAGACACUGACGGCCUAGUGGUCAGUGUAGCUCUUAUCCAGCACCGUGAUAAUGAAGUCUCUUGUGACGUGCGUUAUCCUUGCUUUGGUGACCGGUGUCAUCGAAGCGCAAAGUCCCUUCUCAACCCCUGUGGCUUCAGAUGUUACUACCACAGAUGCUACUACCACAGAUGCUACUGUUACUACCCUCGUGAAUGCAACUCUCCAAAAGUAUGUUUCUAUUAAUGCUACUAUAGUUAUAAGUGAAGGAAGUGACAAAUCUACCGUGGAAGCGAGACAACUUUACGGACCAUCGCUGCAGUCUGCUUACUUCCCAGCGCCGUUGCGACCUGUGGCCUUCACUGUAAGGAAAGCUACGGAGACCCUCUACGCCUUCGCUCAUCUUCACUUCCGGGACGUGUUGACUAACAUCGGCAACGCCUGGGACCCUGAUACGAGCGAGUUCAUAGCACCGUACCACGGCGGUUAUUUCUUCCAGUUCCAUGCUGUAGGCGGCCGGAACAGUGACUUCACAGUGGCCCUAACAAAAAACACCGUUUACCAGGUGACUGCUUAUGGCACAAGGCAGAGCUUCGAGCACGGGUCAAAUUCAGUGUUUCUGGAGCUUCGCAGCAUGGACAGGGUAUCUCUAGAGCUGCAGCAAGGGGCUAUCUACGAGCACCCAGGCAACGAGGCCUACACUACAUUCACGGGUUUUCUGCUCUUUCCAUUAUAAGUACCUGUGUCAGACUCUAAAACGGUUUCACUUGUUUUGAACUAUAUAAAGUUUCUAAUU